CUUUCUUCUCUCUCUUCGGUGUUGGCUUUCUGACUCUGCAGCGGGUCUCUGCAGAGAGAGAGAGAAGACUCAGAGGAGAAAAAAGAAGCAGAGAAACCAAGAGAGAAGAAAUACGGGGUGCAGCAACAAAACCCUAGAAGGGGAGAGAUAAGCUCUUCCAUUUUCAUGGAAAAAUUCUCCCAUUCCAGAAACCAAACAUCCUCAGCUCUUUCUAAGAAAAUCUGCAAUGGCAAUGGCUUCAACGACAGGUCUGCCUACGAUGACGUUUUCGGCGGUCCACCCAAGUUCGGGGUCCCGACCAUCUCGCCUCGUGUGGAGGACUACACUGAGAUUUUCGGCAGCUUUCAUGCCUCACGCGCUUCCUCUAUCCCGGUUUUGGAUCUUCCCGCUGUUGACGAGGCCGAUGUUUUCUUUGAUGUUCAGGAGGUCGAUUACUCGGAUAUUUUUGGCGGUUUCCGGGGUCUAGAUUUUGCCGUUUCGUAUGACGAGUUGCUUGGGCAGUCUAAGGACGGGGAUGAUUCGUCCGAGGAAGCUUGGACUCCAGCUGAAACUGGAUCUCUGUCAGAAGAGUCAGAUUAUUCUGGGAAAAAUGAAUCCAUGUCAUAUGGAGAUGCUCACCAAUCAUUUGAUGAUGGUAAGGACUUCAACAUUUCUUUUCAUAAAGCUAAUCAAAGAAGCAAAGGAGAUAUGUCAAAUGGGGCUCAUGUUACACAACUAGAUGCAGUUCCUGGAUAUACUGUUGUGGUUGAUGGAACUCCUUUGCAAAAGACAAAUUAUGAGAAUCCACCCCUGUGGGUAACUGGUGAUAUCAGUCUCAGUAGGAGUUUUGGUGGGGGAAAAAUCGAAGAAAAGCAUCUCUGGAAAACCAUGUCCUACCCACAAAAUAGCAAUGAUGGCAUGCAUACAUUUGAAAUUGAACCUCAAGUAGGAUAUGGUGAAAAUGGUUCUCACUCUAGUGAGACGUUUAUAACUGUAUCUGAAAUCAGCCUUAGAACUCAGCCCUCUCCCGUGCCACCACCCUUGAGACCACCACCUAUAGUAGAUGUCAAAAAAGGAGAUUCCAGUAGAUCAGCUUCACAACUUAAAGCUAAUAAGAAUUAUGCUUUCGAAGGCACUGCAGGUGGCAGUUCACCAGGAAGUUCUCCGCCUUUCUUUGAUGUGGAGGUAGAUGCCAGUUCAUCUGCUGCAGCCUCUGCUGCGGCUAUGAAAGAAGCAAUGGAGAAAGCACAAGCAAAACUCAAAAAUGCAAAAGAAAUAAUGGAGAGGAGGAAAGAGGGUCUUCAGAGCCGAACAAAGCUGGGUUCCAGAAAUGAUACAAAACAUAAGGAGGGAAAGUUGAGUAGCAUAUCCAACAGUUUGAAAGAUGAGAAAGUGCAGGGAUCGUGUGAAACUCCGAAAGAUUUUGUCAGAGAAGCAAGCCAAAAAGAAAUGAAGACAACCCAGGUGCUUCCAGAUUCUCGAGAAGGGGAAGCAUUUUUAAAUGUGGCUAUAAAAUCUGCAGAGGGAAGGCAUGGGAAGGAAUCUUGGUCAUCUCAAGAGUCUUAUAAAACUGAAGGAACUGGAAAAUGGAAAGAAGCAACAGAGUUUUAUGAACUUGUAAGAGGAGAUAAAUUUAGAAAGGAGCAGGCAAACAAUGAAAAAGUUUUGGUGAAAAAUAAGAAGGUCAUUGAAAGUAGGCAGAAGGAGAAAAGGGCAGCCAUUGAAUCAUUUGAGCAGCAAGAAGAAAGUGAUAAGAGAAUAAAUGCAGCCCAAGAGGCUCAUGGAUGGGAGGAAAAUGAGCAGAGAUCAGCUAAAGAGGCAUGUGGGCAUGAAGAACAUGAGAAAGUUGAAGUGGCCCAUGUGUUCUAUGGGUGGAAAGAGAAUGAGAAAACAUGGAGAGUGGGCCUGGAGCAUGAAGAAGCUGAGCACAAACUAAAUGUAGCUGAUGAAUGGGAAGAACAUGAUAUCUUGAUAGAGAUACAACAGAAACAAAAUGAGGUGGAAGUUAAGGAAGCUAUGAAGCAGGAGAAUGAAAGGAAACUGAAAGAGGCUAAGGAAAGAACAGGGAAUGAGAGAAAACUCAAGAAGGCUCGCGAAAAUGAAAAAAGUGAAAAGAGACUAAAAGAGGCUUUGGAGCAGGAAGAAACUGAGAAAAAACUAAAAGCUGAAAAUGAAAAAAGACUAGAGGCUCUUAAAUGGCAAGAAAAUGAGAAGAAAAAGAAAGAGGCUCGUGAAAGAGAAGAAAAUGAGAGGAGAUUGAAAGUGGCUCUUGACUGGGAAGAGAAUGAGAAGAAGCAGAAAGAGGCUUGUGAAAGAGAAGAAAAUGAGAAGAGACUAAAACAGGCUAUUGAGCAGGAGGAAAAUGAGAAGAGAUUAAAAGAGGCUCUCAAACAGGAACAAAUUCUGAAGAAACAGAAGGAGGCUUGUGAAAGAGAAGAAAAUGAUAAGAGGUUAAAAGAAGCACUUGAGCAUGAGGAAAAUGAGAAGAAACAAAAAGCUCAUGAGAAGAGACUGAAAGAAGCUUGUGAAAGAGAAGAGAUUGAGAAGAAGCUAAAAGAUGCUCGUGAAAGAGAAGAGAUCGAGAAAAGGCGAAAGGAUGUUCAUAGACAAGCUGAAGAUAAGAAAAGAUUGAACAAGACCCAUGAAAGAAAGGAGAGUGAGAAGAGAUUGGAAGAGAUGCCAGAGUGGGAAGAAACUGACAAAAGAUUAAAAGAGGCCACAAAGUUGGAAGAAAGCGAGAAGAGGCCUGGAGAUUCUGGUGAUGUGGAAGAACUGAAGGGGCUAAAGAAAGCUCAUGAUCAAAUUGUCAAUGAAAAUGAAAAGAAACUAAAAUCUUGUCAAGGAACUUGUGCGCAAAUGGAGGAGAAUCAUUUCACAGCAACUGAUGAGGCAUGUAAGCUGCGUGAGAACAAAAACAUUCAGGCUGCUCAAGUAGCCCACAAAUAUGAAGUGAACAGUUUGGAAGCAAAUCAAGAGGCCCUUGGACAGGAGGAGAAAUUAAAGAUUGCUGCUGAAUCACAAGGUAUUCAUAAGGAUUUCAAAGCAGUUGAAAUGGAAAAUGUACUGGUUGAAGAAAUAUUUGAAGCAUCAGGCAUGGCUGAUGGUGAUGCAGAGGAAGAAAAGAAUAAGAUCAGAAUGGACAAUUCCACGGGGUCAGUUCUUUUGGAUGAGAAUGUGAAAAAAUCGCUUGAAGCUGGCAUUGGCAUUGGACAAGCACACUUGGAGAAAAAUUUGAGAGCUGCCCAGAUGGCCUCCAAUCCUGAAGAUCUGAAAAAGAAUUUCACUUCUGAAUGGGGAGAGGGAGAGAAGAGUAUGAAGCAGACUUCGGUUUCCUUUGAGCCAGAGGAUAGCAAGGAUAAAUUCAGAUCAAGUCAAGUGUUGAAAGAGUGGGUUGAAAAUGGAAAGAAAGUGGAAGCAGCUCAGCCAGCUACAUUGGAAGGGAAAGGGAACAUCCAGAAAACAGCUCAGCAGGUUAGCAAUGGGCAAAGCACAGAAAAAAAGGAAAAGAAUAUUAACAAUACUCCAACACUAGAAGAGAGAGAAAGGGAAGAACGGAUGAAGAGAGAAAGAGAGCUGGAAAAGGACCGGCUUAGAAAAUUGGAAGAGGAAAGGGAGAGGGAAAGAGAAAGAGAAAAGGAUAGGAUGGCUGUUGACAGAGCAACCCGUGAAGCUCGUGACAAGGCAUAUGUUGAAGCCCGUGAGAGGGCUGAAAGAGCUGCUGUUGAGAAAGCGACUGCUGAAGCACGACAAAGAGCACUAACAGAAGCCCGAGAAAGGUUAGAGAAGGCAUGUGCGGAGGCUAGAGAGAAGACAUUAUCUGAUAAGACUUCUAUAGAAGCCAGGCUCAGGGCAGAACGUGCUGCAGUAGAGAGAGCAACAGCAGAGGCUCGAGAGCGUGCUUUUGAAAAAGCAAUGGCUGAGAAAGCUGUCUCUGAUGCAAGAGAACGAAUGGAAAGAUCUGUUUCCGAUAAAUUUUCUGCUUCUUCAAGAAAUAGUGGAUUGCGACAGAGCUCUUCAUCCUCUGAUCUGCAGGAUCUGCAGUCUCAAAGCACAGGGUCUUCUAGUGGUUCAAGAUAUCCAUAUUCCUCAGUUUAUGGUGCUUCCUAUAACACUGAAAAAUCUGAAGGAGUUGAAGGCGAAUCAGCCCAAAGAUGCAAAGCUAGAUUAGAAAGAUAUCGGAGGACAGCUGACCGCGCGGCUAAAGCUCUUGCAGAGAAGAAUAAACGUGAUCUUCUUGCUCAAAGAGAGCAAGCAGAGAGAAAUAGGUUAGCAGAAACUUUGGAUGCUGAUGUCAAGAGAUGGUCAAGUGGAAAAGAAGGGAACCUGCGUGCAUUGCUUUCAACAUUGCAAUAUAUCCUAGGACCUGAUAGUGGUUGGCAACCAAUUCCAUUAACGGAUGUUAUAACUGCUGUUGCUGUAAAGAAAGCUUAUAGAAAAGCCACUCUUUGUGUUCAUCCUGACAAAUUACAACAAAGGGGUGCAAGCAUUCAACAGAAGUACAUAUGUGAAAAGGUUUUUGAUCUUCUAAAGGAAGCUUGGAACAAAUUCAACUCAGAAGAGCGGUGACCCAGGCUUUUGCAUGUAUGGUGAAGCUUGGACAUCACAGUUAUACUGCACAUUUGUAACUUUAUACUGGUAGAAAGUAAAUGUCCAGUUACUCUCAGUCAGCUCUAUAAUUUCUGAAUGUAAGCUUAAGCUUCAUGCGGGUUUGAAACAAAUAUUAGUAAAAGAAAAGGGCUAUUCCCCGUUCAAAAUUUGGAACCCAAGGCGUUUACUUC